AUGGAUCAAACGAAGGUCCAGCUGCAGGGCGCUGACAUCCCUGUGUCCGACGUUCCUUGCAGAGCCUGUCCCGACCCCUGCGAUGAAGGCGAGAGGCGAUCACUGCGUCAUGAUGAGUAUCCCAAAUUCGAUGUUGAUCGAGAAACCGACAUGCUGGGCUCUGUCAAGCCCUAUGGUCGUCAAAUCGUUAUCUCUACAGGCAAGACCGACUGGGUCCGCGAGGUGACGGACGCCGCGGGCACGCUCGCGGCCCACUUCUCCGACGUCGCAUCAGGCGGCGGCCACAAAGACAAGCAGAAGGACAAGGGGAAAGACAAAUCCAAGUCGAAGAAGGCGGAAGACAAGUCCGGCAAUGGCCCCUCCGUCGCGGGAGUGUUCAAUGCCAAUCCGUCUAAGCUCAAACGGGUCACGAUUAUAAACGGCUCCCACCGAACCGUCUCCGAAGACCAUAGCAAGGAGACCGUGCUCGUGUUCCCGGACUGGAAGGUCCUCACGGAAGUCGAGCCAACCCGAGCGGGCGCGGAGGCGCUAUAUGAGCACUCCGUCAGCCCGUCGUUGCCCCUUUUCGCUCCGCCUCCGCCGGAGAAAGCGGGCUCGCUCAAGUCCUGGAUACUGCCGUACUCAUGCGUCAUCCUCCUCUGUUCCCACAAGCGGCGCGACAACCGCUGCGCGCUCGCCGCCCCGAAGCUCGAACACUCCCUGACACAGGCCCUGGAGCGCGAAGCCUGGGAAGUGCACCACCAAGUCGAGGACCCGUCCGUGUCCGGGCCCGCCCUCGAGGACGACCCGACGCUCGCAGGCAUCACGUCCGACACAGAGCGGCACGAGGAGGUGCUCCGCCGCCUGCAGCGCGUCGACGCCGCGCACGCCGAGCACAAGCGCGCGCUCAUCCUCUUCUGCUCGCACAUCGGCGGGCACAAGUACGCGGGGAACGUCAUCAUCAAUACACCCAGGGGCGUAUCGGUGUGGUACGGGCGGGUGACUCCUCACGAGGUGGAUGCGAUAGUAAGAGAGACGAUCAUUGGUGGGAAGGUCCUGCCGCCAUUGCUUCGCGGUGGGAUGAACCUCUCCCAACCUGGGCGCAAGAGCUUGAACGACUGGUGA